CGGCGAUAGGCAUUCUCAAGCCAAACGAAAGGAUGGCAACGAGUGGAUGCUGGCAGAUCUGUUGUAUCACAUGGUGUUCAUCCCGAUGCUGGUCAUCCAGUGUGUCAUCGGCCUCGGGUGGGAGAGGAGCAGCUGGGAGGAGGCGGUCAAGGCCAGAUGGCACGCUCGCUCGCACGCAUCGGACGCGUACUUGAUCCUCUACCUCAGCUCGACGAUUGUGCAUGCAGGUGUGGUAGCGAUGAAGGAUUUGCCUCAAACUGCCAAGCUCCAGCUGGCCGUGCAUCACCUCAUCUCCAUCGCGUCGUACGGCAUGGCGCUGGCGUCGGGGAAGGCUCAUCCACUCUGCCUCGCGGCGGGCCUCUGCGAGAUCAACGCGUACUUUCUCAACAUUGUGCUGCUGUGCAAGGAGCUGGGUGUCAACUCUGGGCUCUUCCUCACGUUUACCGGCAUCUUGCUGUGGGUGACGCAAAUUGCGCUCCGCCUGGUCCUGUUCUCCGUGCUCAGCUACGGUGUUGCGGUCGACAUCAUAAGCGGCACGCCCGAGCUCGACGGCGUGCCCGCGGUCCAGGCCUGUUCCGAUUACCCGUGGGCUGAUCAAGGCUCUACGAGGUGA